AUGGCGAAGCCGUCCAAGGCAACGCUCGUGGAGCCUCUGCCGCCAAGAACAACACGCCAGACCCGCGCCAGCGUCGAGCCCUCCGAGCGGGCGCGUCCUGCCACCCGAGCUGCUCGCAAUAACCCGGGGACUGCAGACACCGCGGCGAAUGCAAAUGCAAAUGCAAAGAGACGAGGCAGGUCGAAAAAGGGCGUAGAGCCUCCAGGUAAGUGGUAAAUACGGGAAGCGCCGGCGGUUGUUGUUGUCAAAACAAGCCCUCAGCACUGCUUGGCGCGGAGCCUACUACAAGCGAGCUUGCUUAACUGCCUUCGCAUGUUCCAACGCGUGCUACUUCCUUACUUCCUACCGGUCUUCCAGACUGAUCAAUUCCUCAGCACUUGCCGAGGUCGAAGAAGACACAAAUAUCGACCAGGCCCAACUAGACGCUCAACUCCAAGCGCAGGCUCAACUGCAAGAUGAGCACGCGGUCGAUGCUGAAGAUCUCGAGCGGCGACGCAUCUCACGUGGCAAUGCCUCCGUCAUCUCUGGAACGACUGCAAAGACCUCGUUCUCCCAAGAGGAAACCUCAAGGAUGGACCCCGAAGUCAUGAUAGAUGUUCUUCCUGGCCUGCUGUCGUCUUGCGAGGAACUGUUGCGACUGUUAAUUCCACAUGGCUCCGAGACGAAUCCAGUCAUAUGGAAAGAGAUCCGCACAUCUGGGUCCAGGCACAGCAAACUCUACCACAACCGGCUUGCGAGUAUCAAUGUCCACAAGCCCAACUUCGGGAGUCAGGAAUACAUCUCCCCCCGACAUGUGUUGAAAGCCCUGCUGGGCGUCGCGGACACGACAAACAUUCCAGAGGAACCAUGGCGUCCGGACAACUUCAUCUUCAAGAUCAACCUGACCCAGAUGCUGAACAGCCUACUCAUCGUGUGCGAUCCUUCUGACUGGGCUGAAGAACACACGUCCAUGCUGGAACGACUGCAUACGUGGUUUUUGGAUGCUAUCGCAGGCCGUGAGUUUAGCUACGAAACCCUCAGCUUCUUUCUGGAACUCUCAGCGCACGUCACGAUUGCUCGACUCGAUGCGCAUAUCAACAGCGAGCCGCAUUUCUCCCCGCACGCCGUCAUUGAGUCACAGUUCUUCGAUGAUGAAGAUAGGCUCGUUCACUUUGACAGCCUCGGCCUACAGACAGUUGAUGAAGAGGUCCGCAACGACGCCGUGCAAAGGAUCCGAGAAUCCGUCGAUGACAUGAAGAAACCCUUCCCAGUAGACAAUGCAACCAACGCUACAGCUAGCAACGGUCGAUUGAAGGCAAUAUAUCGCUGGGAUGCCCUCGGAAGGUCCGCUAUCGAGUAUGCCGAAUCUCGUAUGAGAGACCUGCAUGAGCGGCUUGAGCAGGCUGGCGGCACAACAAGUAUUCUGGAGGGACUAGCGGAAGAAACUGAGCGCAGGGCGAAUGAGAAGAUCGCGCAAGGCAUUCGCCAAAGUGUCGGCAAGCAGUCGUCAAAGGGAAGGAGCAGUUUUGGUGGCAAAAACAAUCUUGCCAGAAUCCGUGAGAUGGAGAAGCAGGCUCAAAUGGCUGAGAGGAAUGCAUCUGCGCCAGCUCCGACAGCGCAAAUGACAGCGACUGCUGGUACCCAGCAAGAACCAUCUCGAUCUUCGGAUGCUGCGCCUCAGCGCUCUCUGCAAGCCAAUGCUGCUGAAGUCGCACAAGCUAGCGCUUCGUCUCGUGCUCAUCACAAUGGCAAGCAGAAGGCAAGAUGGACCGACCCACAACCGAGUGCGCAGCGCAUAUCUCCCAUCCCAGGGGACAGCCCUCGCCCGAUGCAGAAAGGACGCGGCGACUCCGCUAUGCCUAGCUCAUCUAGACCGGCCAAACGAGGCUAUGAGCAGGUGGAAGACGAAGAGGAGGUUCCCGAUCCCACUCAGGACGACGGUUUCCAGGUCGACACACGCGAUCUUACAGCAGCCGACGCGCGACGCCGACAAGUCAGCUUUCCCAACGCUCCCAGACCACAAGCUCGUGCCACCAGCAGCGCAGCACCACCGCGAUCCACCUCCACUUCCGUCAAUCCAGGACCAAGCCCGGCUAAGCGCCAGCGCAAGAACCCUGGCUCUUCCAUGCCCGAUCCCAUCCAACCACUGGGCGCUGGUGACGAUGACAUACCCCAAGAUCAAAUCUGGGCCCGUCAAAAAGCCAUGUCGAAAUUCAACCGCAUCGGUACCGUCGACCGAGCGCCCCAAAGACGCACCGAAUGGAGCGAAGACGAAGAAAAUGCCCUCAUCGAGCUCAUCGAGGAACACGGCGAAGGCGGCAUCAGCUACGCGGGCUUGAAGACCAUCGAUAACGAUCUCCCCCCCGACGAAAGGCGGCUCUCGAGGCGGACCGCGGAGGACAUGCGCUUCAAGGCGAGGAAUAUGAAGGUCGUCAUGUUGCAGUAAGUUCCCCUCCGCGAUGUUUUGUUGUUGUUAAUUUCCCCCCACCUCCACCUUACUGAUGAUCGUCCACUCCACAGGGCCGAUGGCAGAUUGCCCGAGAAUUUCGUCCACGUCGUCCUCGGCAAGAAGGAAAUCGAAAAGGUCCGCAGCCGUGGGAUUGCCUAUGAGCAGGAGAGGAUCCGUGGUCUGAGGUUUGAUGUGGAUUGA